GGAAAAUGGGCUGCUGCGCGCGCGCACUCGGUGAGUCUCCCGACCGGUUCGCCCACUUCCUUUCCUGCUCCGCGUGAGAAGAGGCGCGAAGCGCGCGUAGGAACGCUACAGCAAUUCCUUUGCUGCCCUUCCUUUCCUUCGACGAUGACAAGGCCUGCCAUCCCUUCUUACUAACUUUGGGCCGUCAGGCAGUUGGUUGGGACCCGCUCCAACCCUAGGUUUUUCCUGCAAUACAGUGGAUACAAUUUGUCAUGGCUACUCUGAGAUAAGACCACUUUUUUAUCUGAGCUUCUGUGACCUGCUCCUGGGACUUUGCUGGCUCACAGAGACACUUCUCUAUGGAGCUUCAGUAGCAAAUAAGGACAUCAUCUGCUAUAACCUACAAGCAGUUGGACAGAUAUUCUACAUUUCCUCACUUCUCUACACCAUCAAUUACAUCUGGUAUUUGUACACAGAACUGAGGAUGAAACACACCCAGAGUGGACAGAGCACAUCUCCACUGGUGAUAGAUUAUACUUGUCGAGUUGGUCAAAUGGCCUUUGUUUUCUCAAGCUUGAUACCUCUACUAUUGAUGACACCUGUAUUCUGUCUGGGCAAUACUAGGGAAUGUUUCCAAAACUUCAGUCAGAGCCACAAGUGUAUCCUGAUGCACUCACCACCAUCAGCCGCGGCUGAACUCCCACCUUCUGCCAACACAUCUGUCUGUAGCACACUUUAUUUUUAUGGUAUCACCAUUUUCCUGGGCAGCUUUGUACUCAGCCUCCUUACCAUUAUGGUCUUACUUAUCCGGGCCCAGACAUUGUAUAAGAAGUUUGUGAAGUCAUCUGGCUUUCUGGGGAGUGAACAGUGGGCAGUGAUUCACAUUGUGGACCAGCGGGUACGCUUAUACCCAAUGGCCUUCUUUUGCUGCUGGGGCCCAGCUGUCAUUCUGAUGAUCAUAAAGCUGACUAAGCCACAGGACACCAAGCUUCACAUGGCCCUUUAUGUUCUCCAGGCUCUGACGGCAACAUCUCAGGGUCUACUCAACUGUGGAGUAUAUGGCUGGACGCAGCACAAAUUCCACCAACUAAAGCAGGAGGCUCGGCGUGAUGCAGAUACCCAGACACCAUUAUUAUGCUCACAGAAGAGAUUCUAUAGCAGGGGCUUAAAUUCACUGGAAUCCGCCCUUACUUUUCCUACCAGUACUUCUACCAUUCUUUGAAACUACAAUACUGGAACAUCCAGGAACUGGAGUUAUUCUGCGCUAAUGGAUUGGAAAGAAUGUUGGGAAAGGACAUCUUAAAUCUUUUCUAACUAUGCCCUAAACUGCAGAACUCAAAGGAAAUAUAGUGCCAUUGGUUGGUAGUCAUUCUAGGUGAACUGGCAGUAUCUCUGCAGUUAUUCCCAGAUUUACUAGUGAUCCUUAAAGUCUAGGGGUUCAGGGAGAGGAAGACACUUUCCAUCUCAGAGAUAGACUCAUGUUACCUUGAUGGAUAUUAGAUUUGUCUAAGUCUUUUCUAGAAAAAAUAAAUUCUAGAUUAUUAUUUA